AACAAUUGCAACCGUGUCCUCUUGCUGAAGCAGAAUAAGUUAGCAAGCCUCCUUUUUAUUUACCUUUUUGUUAGCUCUCACCAUGUUUCAGAGCCUGCUUUUCACAGUGCUAUGUGGCAUUGAAGUGGCUGCUAUAAGCUCAAAUUUGGAUCCGCACUGGGAGAUGUGGAAGACGACGCAUAACAAACUGUAUGCUCAUCAGGUUGAAGAGCUUGGUCGCAGACGGUUAUGGGAGCAGAACCUGGAAAUGAUAAAUGUCCAUAACUUGGAGACCUCCCUUGGCUUGCAUACCUAUGAGCUGGCCAUGAACCACAUGGGGGAUUUGACCCUUGAGGAGGUCACGUCAUCUCUUGCAGGGACCAUUGUACCAUCGGAGCUUGAGAGGGUCCCCUAUGAAUUCCUCAAAAUUAACAGAUCUCUACCAGAAUCUUUGGAUUGGAGAGAAGAAGGGCUAGUAACACCAGUAAAAGCACAGGGUUCUUGUGGUUCUUGCUGGGCAUUUAGUGCAGCUGGUGCCCUGGAGGGCCAACUUAAGAAAAAUAAAGGCAUCCUAAUGUCCCUCAGUACUCAAAAUCUUGUGGACUGUUCUUCAAAAUAUGGCAACUAUGGUUGCAGAGGUGGAUUCAUGUCAAAUGCCUUCCAGUAUGUUAUUAACAACCAGGGUAUUGACUCUGAUGCAGCUUAUCCCUACAUUGGUAAACCAGGUCAGUGCAAGUAUAAUCCAACAUACAGGGCCGCAAACUGCUCAGCGUAUGGCUUCUUGCCAAAAGGGGAUGAGUUUGCCUUGAAAGUGGGCCUUGCACACAUUGGCCCAAUUUCUGUUGCAAUUGACGCUUCCAGCCCAAAAUUUCAUUUUUACCGUCAUGGAAUAUAUAAAGACCAUUCAUGCUCUCACAACGUAAACCAUGGAAUGCUAGCAGUGGGAUAUGGUACUGAAAAUGGAGAGGACUACUGGCUGAUCAAAAACAGUUGGGGUGAGCACUUCGGAGAUGAAGGAUACAUCAAAAUGGCUCGGAAUCGAAACAACCAGUGCGGCGUUGCUCUCUAUGCUUGUUUUCCCAUUAUGUGACCAAUAAUCUCCAU